CCCCAGACGGCAUCUUCGGCCGUUAGCCCGUUAAGAGAAACAACCCGAGAAACCUAAAGGCGCCGUAAAAUCUGCUCCGAGGUUCAUCUGCGCCUUGCUUCGGACGUCUAGUAGGUAUGUUUCGUCCAUUUUCUACUCUUCUCAUUCCCUACUUUCGUCAUCCAAAAUACUCCUUUCGCUGCCUGGUUCGAUCGUUAAGCGCUGGUCACUCGCGUUGAUCGGUCACCGGUGAUUCGAUCAUGUGAACUGAAACCCUAAUUCGAUUAUCAUGUCUGGUUGUUUGAAUGAUUUGCUUUCAACCCUAACGUCAUAGGUAAAUCAUCUUGUGACGCUUCCUCCUCGAUUUUGUUCAGUCUUUAUGUGAUCUUUGCUGGGUGGCCUUGGUCAUGGAGCUAAUAUAUGAAAUGAACUUUAGUUUUCUUCAUUUCCAUUGGUUUCUUAUUAUAUUUGUUUCUUUUCUUUCUUUAGAUUAGUACUAUGACAUGCUCCGGACUUCUUUGCUUGUGCAUGCGCUCUGCAGGAGUUUUGUAUUAAUGCUUGGAGGGCUCUUAUCUUAUUAGUCCUACGAUCAUGGGUUUCGAUAAUGAAUGCAUUCCGAAUAUUCAAUCUCUAGCCGGAGAGUAUUUCUGUCCCAUUUGCCGUCAGCUUGUCUACCCAAAUGAAGCAUUACAAUCUCAGUGUACUCACCUUUAUUGCAAAGCAUGCUUAAAGUACGUUGUGAGUACCACGCGCGCUUGUCCAUACGAUGGCUACUUGGUGACUGAAGCAGAUUCCAAGCCACUACUGGAAUCAAACAAAUCACUUGCUGAAACUAUUGGCAAGAUACAAGUGCUUUGUUUAUACAAUAGGAGUGGAUGCACUUGGCAAGGUUCUCUAUCUGAGUGCACAACUCAUUGUUCUGGAUGCGCCUUUGGUAAUUCUGCUGUUGUGUGCGAUAGGUGUGGAGUUCAAUUAGCGCAUCGCCAAAUCCAAGAACAUGGACAAACUUGUGCUGGUGUGCAGUUGCAAACUCUAAGUGCCGAUGGUUCUCAGGUUGCUGCUAUGGCAGUGCAGCCUAAUGAUAACUCUCAGGUCUCUGUUCAGGCUUCUCAGUCUAAAACGUCCUCCACAUCUGCACAAGAAAUGACCAUUCAAUCCAACAUGUCAUCGUCAACCCCAGCUGCCGGACAGGCUUCCAUGCCAACUUCAGAACAGUGGUUUCAACAGCAGCAGCAUUAUCAGCAAUACUACCAGCAGUAUCCUGGGUAUGAUCCAUACCAGCAAUAUAACCCGUAUCAACAGCAGGCUGCUCAACUGUACCAGCAACCUCAUGUGUAUACCCAGCCUUCAAAUUCUCUAACGAUGGUUCCACCUCAACUGCCAAUUCAACACCCUCCGGCGCAGGCUCAGGCACAAUUACAACCGCAAUCUCAAACUCAAUCACAACCGCUGAUGCAACUCCCAGUUGCUGCUCAACCCCAAAAUCUAGCACAAAUGGAGUUACAGCAACAAACUCAACCUCAGUUUCAAGCACAGUUGCACCCGACUCCUCAUGUUCAUUUGCAUCCACAGCCUCAGCUUCAGGCCCAUGCUCAAGCCCAAACAGUUCAGCCGCAGCCACUAGUGCAAAUGCCUCAUCAGCAACCACCUUCACGGUCACAAAAUGCUGAAUCCCAAAUUCAGCUUCUGGCACAUUCUCAACUUCAACAUGUCCCUCAGAUUCAGUCUACCUCACAAUCACAGGCUCAAAUGCAUGGACACCACCAUCAACCACCGAUUCAACAACACUUUUCUUCUCAGCCUAGCCAAUCUGGAAAUCCCAGUCUUCAAACAGUGACCAGUCAUCAGUCUUAUCUACAACCGAAGUCUCAUCAGCCUAUGCAGUUGGCCGCCCCGCAACAUCCUGCUCAUAUGUAUGCCCAAGCUGUACCACAACAACACUCUCAACAUACUGCCCAAACACCGAGUCAGUUCCAUCAAAACCCUCUCCUGAUACGGCCUUUACAAUCUCAUGGUAUGCCUCCGAACCUACAACUAACAGGUAGUUUGCCUUCAUCCAGUCAAGUCUCAAACACCCUGCCUGGUCAACCGAAUCCGUUGCUUGCUCAGGCCCAUCAAACUGGACUUCCGAUUCACCAGAGACCUGUAGCACUACCAGUUCAGCAGCCAUUUUAUGAGCAGUUUGUGCAAAACCAGCAGCAAUUUUCUGGGCAGCCCUUAGGCCAGAAUCAUUUGUCGCAGCAGAUUGCUAAUACGCAGCAACAGAUGUAUUCACAGUCACGAUUGAACCCUCAGGCUGUGCCUCAACAAGUCCCACGACCACAAACACACCAGAAUACUGCAUCACCUUAUGGAUUGCAGAAGCAGCAGGUUCAAAAUCAUACAGGGAAGCCUGUGGUGCCUCCUCAUGGAGUCUCAGAUAAACCACAUCUAGAACAAUCCGGGGCUAGUUUGAGGCCAAUGCUCGAUGGACUAGCUGAUUCGGUGGCUGAUAAAAGUGUUAAAGUGGAUGCAUCAACUCAGGACAAUGCUAAUACAGAUUCUGGUACCGUCUCUAUCCCUGCAGCUACAGCUGGUAUAACCAUUAAAUCUGAAAGCAACUUGAAGUCGGAGGGUGAUGAUGAUAAAUCCAUAGGUGAAACCAAGGAUGCUCUGGGAUUACAUGCAGCUAAUAAUCCGGAUGUUUCAGUUAGGAGGGUGAAGGAGGAGCCCGCAGAGGGUGAUGGAAGUAAAAAAGAUGUUCCUGAUGCUGAUAACAAACAAGAAGAGAGGUCUAUAUCACUAGAGAAUAAAAUGCUGAAGACAGCAUCGUUAAAAGAGGGUCUCAGGCAUGAGAAAUCGCCUUUAACAUCACAUGAUGGAAAUCUGCUUUCCCAAAGUUCUUCUGCCUUCCCAAAUGACCAGGUAACUUUUCAUAAUCAGCAUGGUCCAUCUGCUCUUCUUCGUAAGCAUACUGGGCCUCCAUUAUUUCAUGGAACUCCUGGAGAAUUACACCCUGCACCCCUUGGGCAUCCUACUCAACUUAGGCCACCUGGGCCGGGACAGAUAAGUGGCUUCCAUGGUCCAAGAUCAGCUUCAGCCUUUCCUGGUGGACAGGAUUAUUAUGGUUGUCCUCAGGCACCUGAUUCUCAGGGCCAUUGUGGUCCUCCAAGGCUAAAUAUAGGAAUGUACUCAAAUGCAGCUGGAAUGGAGGGGUUUCCAGGGCCAGGAUUUGGCCCUUCCUCAAUCGUUGGGUUGCGGAAUGAAAGACUUGGUCCUACUGCAGAUGAUCAUUUCCACCCCUUUACUCAAGACCCAGCUCGUCGUGGUGUCGAUCGAGGACAACUGGACGACCUCAGGCACUUCUCCAGGCCUUCCCGUUUUGAAGCUGAGGGUAUUUCGGAGUUUGGAGGUCACUUUUCCAGGACUGUUGAUCGAGGUCUACACAGUUUUAGAGGUGAUAUGGCACCAAGACCACUUGAAAAUGGAUCGUAUCGGACAACUUACGAUGCUGGCCUUAAAAUGGACUCUGUAGGUGCUCAUGGUCCUUCAAGACACUUUCCUCCAUUUAAUCACGACAUUAUAUUGCACCCCAGUGAUGUUGGAGAAGCUCCCAUUGGUUUUCCUGGCAAGCCUUUUUGUAGACAGGACCCUGCUAGAACUGAUCCAAAUUUACUUGGUCCUGACAUUGGAUAUCAUCUACGUCAUGUACAGGGUUUGGACUCAAGGAGUCCUGGCAGGGAUCACCUAUCAUCACGUGGAUUUGGCCCCCUUCAUGGCCUAGAUGAUAUUGGUGGUAGGGAGAGCAGGAUAUUUGAUGGCUCAAGUGGCAGAUCUUUCCAAGGUAACAGGUUUCCAGUUCUCCCAGCCCAUUCACGUAGGGACGAGUUUGAUGGUCCUGGGGGUUUAAGAGUUUCUGAUCAUUAUAGGUUUAGUGAAUUCAUCGGCCAGGACAGUAUGGCUAACCACUUAAGGGGUGAGAACUUUGGGGCUCAUAAACUGCCUCCUCAUUUGAGAUUUUCAGAACAAGCUGGUUUUGGACCAAUCCCUAAUCAACCAGUGAGGGAAUCACAUACGCCUAGGAACUUUCGUCAUGCCCUGUUUGGUGAGCCUGGCUUUCGCAGUAGCUUUCCCCAUAAGGUUUUUCCUGGUGGUGAUGCGAACUAUACAGGUGAACUGGAUUCUUUUGACAAUUUAAGAAAGAGGAAACCAUCAAGCAUGGGAUGGUGUCGUAUAUGCAAAGUUGACUGUGAGACUGUUGAAGGGCUGGACCUGCAUUCACAAACUAGAAGCCAUCAAACAAUGGCAUUGGAUAUGGUUGCAACAAUCAAGCAGAAUGCAAAGAAACAAAAAUUGGUGCCAAGCAAUAAUUCCACACUAGAUGAUAUAAGCAAGUCGAGAAAUAUCGUUUCUGAUGGACCUGGAGAUAAGCUAUGAGGCGGGUGCUUUCCUGAGAUAUGGACAACUUUAACUUCAGUGUUCUAUUGUUGGCAACGUAGUCUUGGUCAGCACUUGGUGAUUGGACCUUUACAGCCUCUUUUCUUCUCUCAGGGCGACCUUCACCAUUCAGGUGAUUUCUUGUUAAGAAGAUGGUGCCAUGGACCUGAAGUCCAUGUCAGUUAAGUCUGAUGGUUUUCUUUUAUGAAGUUUUAUUAUUGAACUGGGAAUUAAUUCAGACUUAGUUGUUAGCUCUGUUGUUAUAUAUUUAGCAGUAAUCAAUUUUAAUAUAUUUGCUAAGCUGAGUAUUUAUGUGCUAACAAAUAUUCAUUUGCUGCCGGAUUUUUUUAUAUUUAUUAGGAUUUUCAUACGAGGAAAUGGGUUGGUUGGUGGGGUCUAGAAAAAGAAUGUCGUUUCAUGUAGUUGCUUAGCCUUGAACAGUGCAACUAGAUUGAUAAAGCUUGGAUAACUUAACAAAGAAUGUCUGCAAAAUCUCUACUAUUGCAGUUGUAGAAUGUGAGUCUUAGCUGUUUGAAGCUUUUAGAAUGAUUUCUACAUGGUUCUUAAGAAAAUCAAACGUUUAGUGUUUCCAUUUGUCAUGGCUUGUAUACAAAUUUAAUGUUAAUUAUUUUACCAACAGUAGUCUUUGGUUAUGAAAACCUGCACGAAUGCAAGUUUGGGAAAAUUCAAUAGAUUAGGUAAUCUGAAGGCGGAGAUUAUAGCUCUAGUAGAUUUGGAAUUAUUGCGGUUUCUUAAUUAUUUCGAAUCAAUGCCAUAAUACUCUGUAUCGGCACUCACUCCUGACUGUAAAUCUUGAUAACUUAGGUUUCUACAAGACAUCUAUUGAUAAUGCUAACAUUGUACUUGUUGCUGCAAGACGAGAAUUUUCUGCUAGAUUUAUUAUUUCUGGAAUAAUACUCCCAUAUUUCUUAAGAUGUGUUCUUGUUGAUUUGUCUUCUAUUUCUGGUGAAAUUUCUUUCUUAUAAUAGAUUUUUCGAUACCGUUGUCUUUUCUGGGAGAAGCAGCAACAAAAGACUGAAAGUAGUGGGAACGAACAUCUUUAUUUGCUGUGGUAAGAUUGGGUCAACAGUCAGAUGUAAGUAGUCAGACUUUUAUUGCCAGUAUUCAUUCUUUUUCAUUUCUGCUUUAUCAGCACAUCUUCUAUUCGUGUAUUCAUUAACAAAAUCGUUUUAGGAUCAGUAUCAAGUUGAGAAAUGAUGUGCCUAAGCUUGCUGUAAAUUUGUUAAGAGAAGUAAGGCUGCUGGAGCUUAUGCCAACCGGUAGAAAUCAGGGGGUUUGAUUGAUAGUGUUAGGAAGAAUGCCCAUAGGUGAUAAAGUACGGUAGCUCACUUCAUGAUAUAAGGAUAGAUAAGCCUAUGAAAUCAUAAGGAAUAACUUCUGCACAAGCUUUUAAAAUUCUUUUCAUGUGUGAUGUGAUCCUAAAUUCCUAAUACGAUAGAACCAUCUAAAAGCAAAUCCAAUUCUAAUAAUAACUCCUGGCUAAUUCUAAUUUCUUUAAAAGACAUUAAACAUCUAAUGAAAACUGCUGAUAUUCUGAAACAAUAAGGAAGAAUGUAAAGAGAAAAACAACCGAAGGAAAGCAAAAAUUUGCGCAUAGGGGUGAGCAAUGGGAGGGUUUAGAGGUUAUUGAGCUCAAACUCACGAAAAGCACCCAAGCAUACACUUCUGGAUGGAUAGUGUGGGUAUGGUAGGGGGUGACAAGAGGCCAGUUGGGUUUGAGAGGGUUCUAAGGGUUGUAAUGACCCACUCGUCUCAUACCCAAAUUCCAGUGGGUGACCUAUUUGUUCAUUCCUAUCUGCACCCAUCUCAUUUUACGAAGAUCAAAAUGAAGGAACCAUUGAUAAUUACUCUGUUGAUUUCUGUCUACUGCUUGUUUCAGAUGUGGUUCAGAUAUUUCUUGAAUGCCAGCCAGCUGUGACUAUAUAUCUAUUUUUAAUUCUUACGAUUAAACUGAUUGCUGGAUGGUACUUGGUAGACUGAACAGUACUAGUACUAGGCAUGGAACACCAGUUGCAUGUGCAUGAAUAUGAUUACAUCCGAACCGUCAGGUUUCUACACUUCCUGAAUUUCUGUAAAUUCAUAGAGCGGUAGAUCUUGGAACUAGGAUUCUUAUAACUGUCAAUGCUGGUUAGUCGAUGCAGCUAAUCCACUCCCCUGCGAUAAACAAAUGUUACAGGC